AUGGCCUCCGCAAUAAGUCCUUCGACGACCCGUUCAGUCAUCCGAACCUUCGUUCGACAUUACUCUGCCCCAGUCGACGCGUCUAUUCCCGCCUCAAAGGUAAAAUACGUGCCCACCUCUGGCACCUAUCCCAAAGGAUUCAAGGUCUCAGGAACCCACGUUGGCGUCAAGCCAGCCAAUAAAUCUCAUCCUGAUCUAGCCCUGAUCGCUUCCGACAGGCCUGCCUAUGGCGCCGCCGUCUUCACUACCAACAAGUUUCAAGCUGCACCUGUUCAAGUGAGCAAAGCAGUGCUCGAGAAGCGCAGCGGCGCAGGCCUGAGAAGUAUCAUUAUCAACUCUGGCUGCGCCAAUGCUGUCACGGGCCAAGGAGGCGUGGACGAUGCUUGGGCCAUGUCGAAGACAGCUUCGGCCCAGUUCCAACAGGGAGCUGACUCGCAAGGUGACAGCGACGCAAACAGCCUCGUCAUGUCUACGGGUGUCAUUGGGCAGAGGCUUCCCAUCCAAAAGAUCCUGGCAAAGAUUCCCACCGCAUACGAAAAUCUCGGCAACGACCACGAUUCCUGGCUGACUACGGCAAAAGCGAUCUGCACCACGGACACAUUCCCCAAACUCCUAUCCACCACAUUCACCCUGCCGGGUGCUCAGCAUCAAGGCGUUGAGUACAGACUGGCAGGAAUGACCAAGGGCGCUGGCAUGAUCCACCCCAACAUGGCUACGCUGCUGGGGAUCAUGUGCACAGAUGCACCGAUCAGCGCGGGAGCUCUGCAAUCUCUUCUGACCACCGCCGUGAACAAAUCAUUCAACUGCAUUUCCAUCGACGGGGACACCUCUACAAACGAUACCGUUGCCCUCCUCGCCAAUGGUGCCGCCUCGCCCUCUGCGUCCGACUCAUCAAUCUCCUCCACCAGCAGUGAGGACUAUCUCGCCAUGUCCGCCAUCCUGACGUCUUUCUCCCAGCAACUGUCGCAAUUGGUGGUUCGUGACGGUGAAGGCGCCACCAAGUUCGUGACGAUCCACGUGCGCAACGCCCUGACCGAGGCCGACGCCAAAGCCAUUGCCUCGACCAUCGCCCGCUCCCCGCUUGUCAAGACGGCGCUUUACGGCAAGGACGCCAACUGGGGCCGCAUCCUCUGCGCGAUCGGGUACACGCCCAACAUCUCGCUCUCCAGCGCGACCGGAUCUGUCACUCCUACGCGGACGAACGUAUCGUUUGUCCCUGCCGAAAACUCCAAAUCCAAGGCCGAGGGCGUGCUGAAGCUUCUGGUCAACGGGGAGCCGCAGACGGUGGACGAGGCCCGGGCCGCGAGGCUGUUGGAGGACGAGGACCUGAUCAUCGACGUUGACUUGGGGGUCGGGCGCGAGGAGGGUUACUACUGGACGUGCGAUUUCAGCCACGAAUACGUUACCAUCAACGGGGAUUAUCGCACGUAG